UGGUACGGCGCCUUCCAAGGCUUCAUGGUCUUUGGCUUCAUGGGUGUGAACCUGGCGCUGUUCUUUGUCAUCCUGGUCCUGUUUGUGCCUCAGUGUAACUCCAACAAGGAGACCCGGGUCUUCUCCAUCGUCUCCGCCAUUGUGGCAGUCAUCUGCUACAUCGUGGCUCUCGUUCUCUUCGGGGUGAAAUUUGACGAGACCUACGACGCCGGCUUCGACACAGAGGAAUAUUUCAUCUGCUUCUACUUCGCCAUCGUCGUCGCAGUUCUCUCCCUUGUCGUCGCCAUCUGCCUCGUCAUCGGUAUUUCCGGCGGCCAUUCAAUAGGCCACGCCCCCUCCUCUGGGCCUUCCACGGGCGGGGAGGGCAGUGGUGGAAGCAAUAGCAAAGGACAUCCGUCGAAAAAAUAGAAAUAGGUGAUAUCAUCAAGACGGCGAAGAGGGCGGUAUGGAGUGGUGGCUCUGGCUUUUUCGUUUUAGUAAGAGUUUUACGGCACUCGUAACGUGUACAAUAAGGUCAUGUAAGUGCCGAAGAUUAGAGGUUGUUACAAGAGAGUAACAAACACAAAAAA